GGACUCAGUCAUCUCCUCCAUCUCUCAACUUCUCUCAAUCAAUUCUUCAUCUUGCUAGCUCUCGAAAAUGGCCAAGUUAUCACAUCAGAACCAGAAAACCAAUGCAAACAAUAGUGCAACUACUACUACUGCUGCUGUUAAUAAUGCAAAUGCAGCUAAUAAAACUGUAGUCACAAAGGUGAAACGAACCAGGAGAAGUGUGCCGAGGGACUCCCCACCUCAACGCAGCUCCAUUUAUCGAGGCGUCACCAGGCACCGAUGGACUGGCCGAUAUGAGGCUCAUCUGUGGGACAAGAAUUGCUGGAAUGAAUCACAAAACAAGAAAGGCCGCCAAGUAUACCUCGGAGCAUAUGAUGAUGAAGAAGCUGCAGCACAUGCUUAUGACUUAGCAGCGCUCAAGUACUGGGGUCAAGAUACCAUUCUUAACUUUCCGUUAGCUACAUAUCACAAAGAAAUGAAUGAUAUGGAAGGCCAAUCAAGAGAGGAAUAUAUUGGAUCCUUGAGAAGGAAGAGCAGUGGUUUUUCUCGUGGCGUUUCCAAAUACAGAGGUGUUGCUAGACAUCAUCACAAUGGAAGAUGGGAAGCUCGAAUUGGCCGGGUCUUUGGAAACAAAUAUCUCUAUCUCGGGACAUAUGCUACCCAAGAAGAGGCUGCAACAGCUUAUGACAUGGCAGCUAUAGAGUAUCGUGGUCUCAAUGCAGUUACCAACUUUGAUCUCAGCCGUUACAUCAAGUGGCUAAAACCAAAUGGUCCUAACAAUGACAUUAUUGCCCAGACAACUAACCCUAACGUUGAAGCUAAAUUGGUUGGAGAUGUAACCCAAAACCCUAAUGAUCAAGACCAAACUGGACUAGGUUUCUUCCACAACCUCGCAUACAGUCCUCCUGAAGAAACCACGAUGACCCAGUUGCCUCGGCCGACCACUGCUACUUCAGCCCUAGGGCUCCUGCUUCAGUCAUCAAAGUUCAAGGAGAUGAUGGAGAUGACAACGGCCACCGACUCAUCCAUGACAUCGUCAUCCCUGCCGGAACUGCCUCAGUGCACUUUUCCCGACGACAUACAGACUUACUUCGACUGCCAAGAUUCUACGAGCUAUGGAGAUGGAGACGAUGCUAUGUUCAGUGAGCUCAACUCAUACAUCCCGUCCAUGUUUCAAUGCGAUUUCACCGUCUAGAUCGAUCGCUCGAUCGAUGAGCUAGCUAUUCUUUGACAUUCUAUUAAAGUAACUAGGGUUCUUUUUGUUUUUGUGAAUACGCAUUGAAAGGUCCGUCCAAGUUCGAGGUCAUGCAUGGCCAGAUCCAGCAAUGACGGACAAGAGAGCAAAUUCUUUUGGAGAGCGAAAUUUCACCACUAAUCAUCAUUAUAUGUGGGAGCGUAAGCUAAUUAUUUGGUUAAUCUAAUUUAAUUUCUUCUAAAAUGUAAAGAAGAAUAAAUUGUUUAUCAUUUUUUCUGUCAAUAAAAAACUAUUCAUCCCUCCGGGUAUGUAGUCAAA